CCUGGUAGGUGUGGCUCAGGGGGGCAGCGGGCGGAGCUCACCGGCGCGGAGCGGCGCACGUGUGGGUCUGCGGCGCAGGACGGACGCGGAGAGGUUCGGGAGCCGGACGCCGAGAUGGACACAGUGGUGUUUGCGGAUGUGGCUGUGAACUUCACCCGGGAAGAGUGGGCUUUGCUGGAUCGUGGUCAGCGGCAGCUCUACAGAGAUGUGAUGCUGGAGACCUGCAGGAACCUGGCAUUCCUGGCCCGUCCCCCGGAUAGCCAGCUGCAUCUGGGAGCCAGUUCUGACCGGUCACAUGUGCAUUGCUUAUACUGGUUCCCCCCACUCGGCACUGGUUCCCACUCACCCACCCCAUCUAACCCACUUGUCUUGGAGGUACCCAUCCAAAGUAGCUCCUGUCCAGCCACCCUUGGUGGCAGCCUCCCUUGGGACUGAUGUCUUCCCCAUUGGGACUCCUGUCCUGCCACCCCUGUCAGGCAACCCCAAGUGUGAUGGCCGCCUCUCCAGCAUGAUUCCUGUCCCGUGAUCGAAGAAGCUAACCACAGCGACCAGGGAGCGUGCAUUGGCCGCAUUCAGGCCUUUGGUCCCUUGGCCUCUCAGCUGCCCACUGCUGCCCACCUCUGCGCCCACAGCAGUCACCAUGCAUUGUUGCACACAGACAUAUUGAGAGUGACCCUCAUUCAUCAGUGCCCCAGCAAGGCUACAGCAGGACUUCUCAGCCAGCCAUGCAGGGGUGCGAGCCCCACACAGUGUGCAUGUAGCAGCUGGGUCUCAGCCGUGACAGGCGGCCACACAGGGCCCACAGCAGAACACUCCUGGAGCACCUGGUCCUGGUGGCCAGGGUAUGCUGUGGUGGAGGGCACCGAGGCAUGUCUUCUGGAAAGGCCAUUGCUUUGAGGACCGGGAGAUGUAGCUGACUGACCUAAUAUGUGCCAGCACAGGGAGAAGACAGAGGAAUUUGUUGCAAAGAAAAUAAUAGGAUAAAAGCACUGAAAAUGACCUAAAUCAUAGAGAGCUAAGUCAUCUACCAGAUAGAAGAAUUCAAGGUAGUGGUAGAUACCCCCCAGGCUUGGGAGAAGAGUGGCUAGACAUGGUGAGAACUACAACAAGGAGAUAGAAAAUACAAACAAGAACCAAUCACAGCUAAGAAACCCCCUAACUGACGUGAGGAAUACCCUAGGGGGAUUCAUAGCACAUUGGAGGACGCCCAGCAGCUCCCCGUGAUCUGGAAGGUGAGGGAACGUAGGAAGCAAUGAAGCCGAACAGCAGAAUUACAGUAAUGGUGAGAAAUGAGUAACUGACGUAUUAAGUUCAGGGACCUGUUGAGCACAGCAGUGAUGAGAUCAUUUGCAUCAUGGGGGUCUACGGAGGAGAACAGAAGAAAGAACGGAAACUUCUUUGAAGAAACUGUGGGUGAGGAGUUCUCAGAUCUGGGCAUGGAACAGAUACUCAGGUCUGGGAGGUUCAGCAGGGCCAAAUGGGAAGAACAAAAGGAGGUGCACACCCACAUUUACAAUAAAAUGGAGAAAAAAGGAAAUAUGAAGAGAUUAUCUGAAACCAGCUGGAGAAACUCUAAACUACAAGGAAAAGUCCAUAAGGCUGUUAGCUGAUUAUUCAGGAGAGAAAUGGCACGCAGUGGGAAGUGGUAUCAUACAUUCAGAGUGCUGAAGGGAAAAAACCCACAACCGAGGAUAUUCUACUCAGGAAGUCCAUCACUCAGAA